AUCCUCACUCCCUCAUCCUUCUUCCAUAUCUUUCCCAAAGGGCUUCCAAGAACCUUUCUUAACCUCAAUCGGUUCAUUCCGAGCUGCAAAGUUCGAGACUUGGUGAAGAGGUGAAGACUUCAUUGGGAAGAUGGCCUCUCCUGGGAAAGACGAUAAAGCGACGUUGUCAGCUUUACCACAGGAGAUUUUAGAAAACGUCUUUGAACAAUUGGGAUAUGAUGAUCGAUUGAAUUUGAGAGGUGUAUGUAAAAUACUCAAAGGGAUAUAUGAAACUUCCGCUCAAUUACAAUAUGACUUUCACCUACAUAUAUCUGCUCAUAUCGAUUUACCUCAAUCGACAACAUCAACGUUUUUGAGAACAAUGGCGAAUCAUGUUAACUCCGCUUUAUCAUUCAACUCCGAUAUAUCACCUCUUCACUCUGAUAUGACUUCCGACUCAAACUUAUCACUUCAUCCCAAUUUACCAUCUUCUCAACUCGGUUCAACACUUAACUCACAUGUACAACCUCAACCCCCUAUAUCACUCAACUCCGAUAUAACACCCCGAAACUUGGCUCCCAACGAACCACUCAUUCCGCCCAUUGUGGACAGCGUGGGAAACGGAAUGAACCAACGGGAGUCCAUACCUUCUGUUCGGAUGCCCGAUUGGCCCACACAGUCAAGUGUUAGAAAGGUUGGAGGAGUUUUGUCAGCAGGAGAGAAAUUGGAUAAGUUAAAAGAGAGACAAAAGAGAUGGGAUACGUUGGAUCCCGUUUGUAGGAGAAAGAUUGAGGUUGAUGGACCCGCUGGAGUUUAUGAGUUGCAAGAAGGGAUAUUCUUGAUGUGUGAUGAUUAUGGGGAUUUUGAUGAACAUCGACCAUCAUCGAUCCGACUCAUACCUUUACCUUCCUCUGCCGAUCCAGAUCUCAACAAUCCUCCACUCCCUACUAAGAGCUAUAAAGCCCGUUUCUCCAUCGCAGACCUCACCAUGGACCCCACUCAAGAUCUUCUCGUCGUCAGUGAAUAUCGGCCAGAAGCAUCGAUACCUAAUGGACCUCCCCCAACUCACCGUUUUCACCUUCUCACAUUAUCAUCUUUCACCCCGCACCCAUUGGCACAAAUACCUUCUCUAGACUUUCCUCCGUUCUCCCUUGGCUUGACUCAGACAAGACAGUUGAUACAGGUCAUGGGUGACACAUUGUGUGUGUUGGUUAGUCGAUCGGCUCCUCAGUGGAUCUUGGCCGGAUUGGGUGUCGGUAUGAAUUUUGGUGCAGGAGGUAUAAGUGGGAUUGAUGAAGAGUUAGUUGCUUGGAAUUGGAAGACGGGGAGAGUUUUAGCUCGUCAUGCCAUCGUCGAAGCAGGAUGGUUCGCUUCCUUCGCCCUUUUAUCACCUACCACCUUCCUUCUCACCACCACACACAACGUCUCUCCUGUGCUUCCUACAGAAACACGUUCAGUAGCCUCCGUCUUUCCCCCUGUCAUACAGGUUUACUCCUUACUCUCCGACCCCAAAUCACAUAUCAACCCCGUCCAGCCUCUCGGUCCCGAUUACCUAGACGAUACGAGUCACCGACCUGUACUCGUUGCUCAACUCGAGCUCCCAGCUUUCGUCCAAGGUGCCAGUGUGGGAGGUUUCGACGUCCGUCCUGAUCCCCCCUUUCCACCUUCUAAACCUGAUCCUGGCUCUGGGAUCAAGUUACAAAAACCAUUCACUCAAGAUCCUAAGAAAGGGGUGUUGGUAUUUGAGCUUCAAGUCACUGAAGCCACUCCUGCCGGGUUUCAGGGGGAUGAUGUGGACGGAACGUCGUUUGAGUUGUUCAUAUUGCGAGAAAUGCUCGUGGAAUUGGGUGAAAAGGGAGAGGAGAGAUGGAGAAGGAGUUGGACCGAACGUGAUUUUGGGUUUUGGAAUGUUCUUGAAACUUUGGAAUGGGAUGUUUGGGCCAGUCGAGCGAGGUUGCAAGAGGUUACGAUGACUAGACGUAAUUGGGUCUGCUCUUGUUCUGGAUAUCGUUUCGUCUCUCUUCUCCAUUCACAGUUGGAGCGAAGACGCGAGGUUUCCCGAUUGAACGACCAACCUCCCAGAAAAUCAGAUAUCAGUAUCUUGGAUUUCUCCCCUUUUACCGUCCGUCGAUUGCUCUCUGAAGCUUCUUCUUCCGCCAUCCUGUCCGACUCAUCAUCAGACCCAUCGUCUAACGUCGACCCUACGGACAAAACCGUCGAUAAGAAGAACCAGUCAAUUCCAGGGAGUUUGGAGGAAAAGAAAGUGGAAGUGAAAAUCAGAGUGGUGGACAAGCCUACGAUACUUGUCCAUCGACAGAUAUGGAAAGAGGACGUGAAAAGUGGAUUACCAUUCGUUGAGAUUAUCAGAAAAGAAGGUAUGGCAGCUAAUGGGAUCAUGAUAGAUGAUCAGAGGGUCAUCGUAGUCAGUACUCACGGUACUAGAUCUGAACAAUGGACAGAGAUGCAAAUGCAACAAGAAUUGAAUAUUUUAUGCAUGUGA